AGUCAGGCAGCAGCUCGGACACCUCAAAGCGGAUAAGUCCGCUCAGACCUCCAUGGAUGGAUGUAGCCUGUUGGUACGAAGCUGAGCGGUUAGCCGGAUUUUAGCACACAAACAGGUAAGAUUAAGAGCGAAUUUGUCCAAUGUAGGAAAUGAUAUGUACAUAUAAGACAAAAACACAACUAUGUGAAUAUAAAUUAGCGUGUGUCUCUUAAAAACUAACUCAUUAAAAGCCUUUUGAUUGUGUGCUAGCAACCGAAGCUAACGGCUACUUAUGCUAGUAGCUGGUCAGGGAGUGUCCCAGUGACAGCUGACAGACCCAAAUAUCCACCAGUAAAAGCUUAAUUUUCACAAUAGUUAUACUCCUAUGUUACAUUUACGUUAAAAAGCGACCAAUAAUCUUAGUCAGCACUAUCACUGCUCCUUCAUUGAUCCUCUGGUGUUAAUAACUGAAGCGACGGGGAUCCGGAUAUUCACUCCUAAUGGGAUAACAAGGCCAAUUUAUUCUCGUUUAAAUGAAUUAAUCACAAAUCCAGAUCAUCUGUUGCUGAUUGUUUCAUCCAAUUUUGUUAAUCUGUCGAAAGAAAAUGUCAUGUCAAACGGCAGCCACACCCAAGCUAGGUUUUAGGAUACUACUUAAUGGAUAUAUAAGCAAAACAUAACUAUAAUUUCACAUUUUUAGAUAAACAGCUGCUUCUAUUGUUCAUAAAUGACUGAUAUAUUAUUCUGUGAUAGGAGGCAGAGGGAUGUCUUUGGUCAGUUGUUUCCUGGCUUUGAACUCACUAGAUGGCACCAGAUUACAGAUAAAGCUUUUAUAUCUAGUCAUAAAGAUUUAAUACUCGUCUGUUUUAUGCAAGUACAGUCAAAAUUAGGGUCGUUUGUGUGAAUUAGUGACUCUGGUUUGAUGCACGUUGAGGUGGAUUAUAGUAACGAACAGGAGUAACCCCCCUUCUUUCCAUGGAUGACCUAUUUUCCAGCAAGAGAUCAGGCUGAAUAUCAUUAACAUGCCUAGAGGACAGGCCCAACAUAAUUGGAUAACAUGUACAGCCAGUUUAGGCAAAAAUAACUCUUAAAUACAAGUUCAUCUUACUAUGACUGAGUGAAUGAAUGAACAGUUAAUAUACCAAGUGCAGGAUGAAACAGUGAAAUGUAAGUCAUCCUGUUUCUUCAAUAUUGAUCAAUGUACAAAGUAAGAUCCUAAAACCGGAACAGUAGCUCCUGACAGACAUUUCCUGAUCACCAUAAUUGCAGAAAAAGUUUCAGUUAAGCUAUUGAAAUAUACAAAUUUGACUUUUAAAAGCUAUGCUGUAUAUUUGAGCAUGAACUAUUUAAGGAUUGACAUAAAUGUUAUCAGAAACAUAACUAAUCAUGCAACUCUUUGAACUUGUAUAUAUUUUUUAGCUUAACUCAUUCCUUUGUUCCCUUUUGGAGAUGUGUUCGCUCUCAUUUUCUGUAUUGUUUUCCCAUAGAGAAGCCACAUGGCAUCUAAUUUGGCAAAAGUCACACUUUUUUUUUCUCUCAAAAUGUUGGAAUUUAAACCCAUCUUUACACUGUACAGCACUAUACAGAGGUCUACAGUGGUCUGUUUUGUCCAAACAAUCACAAUUGACUCAUUUGGCUUGAAGUGGUCACAUUUAAACUUCCCUCAACAGUGACUUUUGAUCGUACAGUCCCUGCAGCAUAAAGUCAUACAGUGUCUACAACACGUAUUCAACUUGCAGGCCAGGCUUCAAAUUUGUAGGUUUUACUAUUUUCCAGCAGAUGGUGCUAUUUACCCACUUUAGUCUCCAGGACUGAAAGCAAUAGAGUUUAGAGAAUUAGUCCAGUGAGUGUCGCUAACAUUGGCAGAGUGAGCACCACCAGCUAUUGGUCCUUCUUGCAGGUUAAUGUCAGUAUUAUCUCUCCUCUGGUUUCACGUUCUUCUGGUCAGGUUGUUACAUGGAUUUCCCGUGAGGAACUUUUGCUUUGUGUGAAUUUUGAUGCCCCCUGAGGAUGAUGAGGUGAUCUUUGCCGACUUUGUCCUGUACAUGUGUAGUUGGUAUUUCGUGACCAAAAUCUAAACCUGCUGUCUUUCUACAGUUAGAUUUAUCGCUUGUUAAGAGCCUGUGCCACUGAAAAAGCUGUAAAAAGCUCCCUUAAUUUUGACACUUCCCUCUGUCAAUCAUUUCAGACAUUAAAAAUAAUCAACCAGAUCCAGUCUCUCCCCUGUUGAUGGUCUGGUUUGCUGUCAUUCAGAGAGAUCGGUGUUGAUUUGAGUCUGUUUCAUGACCACACAGGAGCUUUAACAGUGUCAGAAAACUGCUUGUUCUUUGGCCUUAAGUCACAUCCUCACUUUUCAAUCUAAAAUAAUUGAUUAAUAAUGACUCCAUAUAAAGAAAAACAACCUUAUUAAACAGGUUGAUUUCUAAUAAGAGAAAUAAAGUGCUCUUCUUCUUGUGACGUACUUCAGAUAUCUUUACCUUGAGGACUCCUGACGAGGCAGUUUCAGCCAUGAUUCAGCGAUUUACGAGCUAUCUCUGUCAAGUCUUGAUAAAUACAUGCACCAGGAAUAAGAAAGACAUGCUCAUCCUUACCUCUGUCCUCGUGACAUUGGUUCGUCCCUCCUGGACCUGCGGACACUUUGAGAUGCAGGCAGCGUGUCUGUAACGCUCUGAGAGUGUCACCUCUGUUUCUGGAACAGCUCUGUGCUCUCUCUCUCUCACAGCAGCAGACAGCGUUUUGUUAAGCCGCUGGUUCCGCCUCUUUUCCCCAUUGUUCCCAUUGCUGUAAAGAGGCAGCUCUUUGAUUAUUUUUGGCUGUCUGCUGGCUGUCUCCUCUUUAUAUAUUUUUUUCCUCUGUGAGAGAUAAGCCCCCCUCUUCCUUUUUUUUAAAUACAGCACCCCCUUUUUACUUCUGCCUUUGUCAUUUACAUAAAAGGGUGCAAAGACACUGCAGAGGUUUAUUUUGUGGCUCUGAAAUCCCUCAACUGUGUUCAACUCUCCCAUGUCUGCUGUACUUUGCAUAAAAAACUGAAUCUCAGGAAGAAUAUAUAGUUUGUGUCCUGGCCCAUGUUUGUUUUCCAAAGCUUGAGUAAUGAAUAAUUUGUUUGGGGUGAAGUGAUGUCUCUCUCCGUGUCCUGAGGCUCGGUUUCUUCUGUUGCAGACUCUAAAAUGCAUACUUUUCCAGCAUCUGUGGAAGGAAACUGAGCUUUUCCACUGAAACCCUGCAGCGCUCGCUCCUAUUGCAAAAAGAUGACAACACAGAAAUAGAGGAGUGAGUCAAAAAAAAAAAGUCCCAGGCAUGCAGUUAGCUGAUAAAAGCUGAUAAAGGAGAGUUAAUCCUCGCUAUGUGAUGGGCCACAGCAUCAGGCCGGGCGCUAAUGCAAUCUGCUGGCUCCUGCUUCCAGUGUGAGCUGCAUUAUCGUGCAUCACCUGGGCCUUUUGUGUUCACUAACAAUGAAACAGAUUGAGUUGAACUGGCUCACCCCCCCUUUUCCCCACUCUGGUUCAGAAAUUGCCUACUGCUGGUGGUUUUUGUUUUUAAAUUUGGAGGCUGGAUGGGUUGUUUUUCUCACAGCUUUCAAGCUUUUGGCACGAGGAAGAAGCUGAAUUUGACAGCUAUCUGACAGACUGCACUGCAGAAUUUGGGAUACAUCACUCUCACCUCUUUUACUGCAGAAGGGAAUAAUAACUCAGAACUGUAGAAUUUGGUACAAGGUGUUUUAGAGAAGAAAUACAGCCGAAGUGUGUUUUUCGAUGUGGCAUCAGAUACGCACCGAUUAUGAAAAUCCAACCAAAAAAAGAUGCUAGCUUGAAGUUAGCUUAUUUAAGGCAAGUGCAGGGCUUGACACUAACUUUUUUCAGAAGGAGCACAUGUGCCCCUAAAGGUCCUGACACACCGGCAAAUAUACAAUGCGAAAUUAUGAAAAUAUUCAGAGGUGAAUUUUGACGUGCCUGACUGUACAUAUCAAGCGCAAUACGAUUUUGCAACACCGCUCCACAGCUUUGCUUUUUUCACGGCUAAUCAAAAGCAAGGUUGAGGCGUCGUUACCAAAACUAUCAUCGGGCUUCAAAACAUCUCUUCAGAAACCAAAGCAUGACAUCGUCAAGACUGCAUCCAUGCCUGUGAGUUCAGGUUAAGGUUUUUCAACACAAAGAGACCCGCUGAUUAAACCCUCCAGUCUCUGUGUCUCUCUGAAAAGACAUUCAAAGAAUUGACCCCAAUUUUCAUCAGCAAAUCCUCAACUCUAAAGGUUCUCCCCUCCUUUCUUUCAUGCCCCUUGGUUCCUCUUUUCCCCCUCUUUUCAGGAGGACAUCAGCUUUCUUGAUAAUGCUUUGCUUGGAGGAAGGAAGCCUGAUCUUUGACGUGCAAACCCCAGACUGCAUGCUAUCUGGCUGUAUUGGUUUUAUUUCCUUUAGACAAAAGGCUGUUAUGUUUGUCCACUGUAAUCCAAUUAGAGUCCAAAGUUCAUCGUCAUUCUCCCAACUUUGUUAUCAAGGAAGCCUCAUCUUAAAGCUCAUAUGGGGAAGAAAAUUGAAGUUUUUCUUUGUUUAUUUGUCUUAUGAGGACUUAAAUUUCUCCCAAACAAACCCUAGAGCAGUUCUGAUCAAUCCCAAAACAACCCUUGAUUCCUGCGUACUGCCAAAAAGCGUAGACAUUCAUGGGAAUCGUGACAGUCAGGUCCAUUUUGAGCAACUUUUUAGGAGCGUAUUUGCAGGCUUUAGGACCCAGCACCUCGCUGAGUCCGGGCCUAAACCUCCCCUCCUCCUGCAGGAGUCAGCACAGACACUCACUCUGCAGCAGCCGCGCAGUGCUGCCGCUCAGCUGAUGCACUCGCAGCAGAGCAAGCCCUCUCCUCUUUUUCUUUUGCUGUUUUCCUCUUUCAAUCGGAGGGCUUUGAUCGGCAACAUCUGCCCCUUUAAACUUCCACCUCCAGCUAAAAUCUAUCCCGCCGGCUCUCGUCUGGGAGCAGAAUCACGGAGGAGACGUAGGGAGUUUGUUGGAGCUCAAGCUGUGUUUCGAGGACCAGGAGAGGGAUGGUGUGAUUCUGUAAAGAGACAGAGAGGAAGAGGGAGACGCUCCAGCAGCAUCACUGUACUCCCCCACCUCCUCACCUCUUUUUCAAACCCCUCUUCUGUCUGUCUGGCUGACGCUCUCCUCAUCAUUAAACACUCCUUCAGAGGAGACAGGGAGCUUUUCAGGGCGACUAAGAAACAUGUCACAAACCAGGAGAAGCACAUACACGAGGGUGAGUGAGCGCAGAUGUUUACAUCCCGGGAUUGUCUUUUUAAAUGGGCCAGACUGUGGUGUUUAACUUCGCCCUCAUCUGCGGGCUUUUGUUCCUCCUCUGACUGAACCAUUAGUUUCGCUCUGUCAUCUUCUUCUUGUCGAUUUUUACUUUGAAAAGAAGGGUCUCGAAUCCUUUUAACGCUGCGUCCCUCUCGGAGUUCUGGUCUCUUUGUUUGCCUCAGAUGCCCCUCAGGGUUGUACGAUGCUCCUGCUCUGAUGUUCAGGUUUCAGGUUCCAUUUGAUUUAGGUUGUGUUUAAUGGUUUGUCAUUGGGGAUGUGCUCUCUAGUGGUCUAGUAAUCUGACUUUAUCGUUUUGUAUCACAUCGGAUUGCAUCAUAUUGUAUCGGAUUGUGCUGUAUGUGCUGUAUCGUGUUGUCUCAUACUGUAUCAUAGCGUCUCAGGCUCUAGGGUAUGAUAUUAUAUUAUGUGUUGAAGUAUGGUGUAAUGAUAUACUAGGGGUGGGUGAUAAACCGAAAAUUUACUGAUGCCGAAUUUUACGACAAUAACCAACGUUGUUUUGCCCAUGUCAAUAUAUUCGAUGUCAAAAAAAUAAAUAAAAGUUGGUUUUGGAUGUGUGUAGGUAGGCCAGGGUUUCCCCGACAUGCAAUUGAUCGCAUCGCACCGCCACGGCUAAAUAAAAAAAGUUUUUAUCUCACAUAGUUCUACCUUGGACUCAUGUAUCAGCAGUGUUUCCCCUACAUUGUUGAGCAGCGGCGCACUGCUGCUGCUGAAUUACGUGCGCCGCUAUUGAAAUUUCAAAUGAUCAUUAAUAUCAAUGCGCCACUAAUGAUUCUACUCGCACAACAACACACAAUAUUAUUUCCGACUUGUUUUGAGUCUUCAACGAGCGCAUCAAAUUCUGUCGGACCCUCUUCUAUCAAUGCAGCAUGAAUGAUUUCUACUUGCACUGUGUGAGCACGACAACACAGGACGUUAUUUUUGACUUGUUUUUAGUCUUCAACCAGCGCGUCAAAUCAUGUCGGACCCUCUUCCACUAAUGUAAAAGGUAACGUUUAAGCUUAUACACGGUCUGUAUAGCAAGACAGUGGGGGUAACGACUCCCCUCAACACACACACCACCAUAGCUGAAAAAAUUCUAGAGGAAACACUGUAGGCCAUGGAUUCAUGUCCCUUUAAGACGCUGUCAGAGACGUGACUCCACCCCAUCCAGUCCGUAACAAAGAGGGAAAGACAGGUGAGGAGAUGGAGGACGGUUCAAACGUUGUAGCGGUUGAAGUAGACAAAGUUAAUGUGGGAGGGGGUAAUCAGCUUGUGGAGUAGUUAUCGUCAAUUUAUCGUUAUCAAGGUGAAUUGCUCAGUAUAUCGUGAUAUUGAUUUGAGGACAUAUCGCCCAGCCCUAUAAAAUAUAUUGUCUUGUAUCACAUCAAUAUAAAACGUGUGGUUCAGUGGCAGAGUUGGUUAGCUCUCAAUCAUGAGGUCGGGGUUGCAUCCCAGGUCCUGUUGUCCACAUUCUGGAGUAUCUUUGGGCAAGACACUUAACCCACAGACUGCCCCUGAUGAUGUGCCAUCAGUGUGUAAAUGUGAUAUGUAAAUACUGAUGCCACUAGUGUAGAGACCUGUCAUGUAAAGACACCUUGAGUUGUCAGAAGACUUGGAAAACGUGCUAAAUUGCUUUUAAAAUCACCAAAACUAUUGAUCAGUUCUUUCAGUGUUUAGCAGUUCAUUCUCUUUAAAUCAAUGAACUGAUGUAGUAUUUCAUUUGUAAUGAAGAUAACAUGCACAGAAUGCCUUUUGUUUUCUGGACUGGAGGCACAAUUCAGGAGCCAGGAACCUUCCUGUUUGUCAUCCGUCUCUGAGUCAGUCGGCUUUCCGGUCACCAGGAGGGAUGACAUCAGUGCUGAGGACGGUCCAGCUUCUCUGUUCUGUUCCUCUGAUAACAGAAAACCUCGUACAUGUGGAGUAAAAAAAACAGAUCUGGUUCUUUAUAAUAGAUAAUGUGGUUAACUUAUUUGGCUAAAACAAAACAGUACCAUCUCUGGGCUAACAGGUCCCCUCAGGGCCUCUAUUAGUGCGUUACAGCGCUGCAAAUGAGGCGAUAUCAGUGUUUAUAUCUUUUUUUUGGCUUGGCCGUUUGCGUGAGGAGCAUACUUGUGUUUUAAGAGUAGAGUGGCACUAAAUAAUUCACCGCGUCCUCCUCGGGUCCUCUGUCUACAGCACACGACAAACAGGUCAGACCAGCAGUAACCCAACAACACUGGAGACCAUCCACAAGUCUGUUCGCUGGAGUGAGGCAGCGUUUUUAUGACCCUACAUAAGACUGGGGGUGUAAACAACAGGGGAUGUCUGAUUGUAGCUAGCUGACAGGUACAUCUGAGCACCAUGCUCCUUCUCCUGUAUGAAUCUAAAAUGAUUUAAGGGCUUUAAAUAGACUAGAGCUUGAAUAACAGAUCUGAGGGUUUGACUGUGAUGAAAAAGAGAAAAAAGACUCAAGUAUGCAUUUACUGCACAUUAGCAGUUAAAUUCGUCCGCCUCUACAAUGGUCAUGAUGAAUUAUAAGGUAGGUUCAUUAGAUUUUAAGUAAUCAGGGGAAUUCAGAGCUGGCAUCAAAGCAUCUACAUACUGAAUAUAUUAUCAGGGAUGUUCAUAAAAAAGCAAUCUCUCCAGACGUUGCCAUGCAAGAAGUGAGACAGUGGAAAUGAACGGUGACCAGAAGUGAGUCCUGAACACUCGGAUAUCUUCUGCUGUUUUAACCUUCAAAAACAACCCAAAUGAAACUGUUUCCUGUGUAGAAAAUGAGUGUCUGCUUCCUCAUUAUUGUGGCUGGAGAUAUUUUUCUUUAACUACAGUGACGUCUUCUAGAAACUAAACCCGCAGUGAGCUGUAAGCGGUUCAGAGGAGCUCUUAAGAAGUCACAUCUUAAGCUUAGGUUUUUCUACACGAUCCAUGAAUCCUGAAUCGUUAAAAUUCUUGGAGUGAUUUUACACGGGGGCCACGAUGACAUGAGAUGGAGCAUGAAAACAAAACCCUCUUUAUAAAGCACAUUCCAACCCAUGCUAUGCUUAAAGGCCUUUACCUUGUGACGUAUAGCUGACUGUGAAGACCUGGUCGAGGAUGCUAAAGAUACAAAGCAAGGAAUACUUUGUAGAUGGGAAGUUUCUCAGCGUCGUGUGAUUUCUCCAGUUUGGCUCUUCUUAAGCUCGAUCAUAAUGAAGCUUGGAGCUAUAGAGAAUAAACCCUUAACCUGGUGUGGGGGUCUCAGAAAGCAAGAUACGGCUAUCAACAAGUCAAACUUACCGGAUAUCCAAGAUGGCAGAGUCCGGCACGAUGAUGAUGACAGUUUUUGUUUUUAUGCUGUAAGCCUGUUUUGGUUCGUUUGGACGUUACCCUCUGCUGUUCCGGAUGAACCUCAUGUCUCAACAAUGACACAACUCUGGUUACAAACGAACUCGUUUCAUUGUCAGGUUUAGUGUGGACUGAAGACACUACUCUUGGAAAAAGGCUGAUAUCGUGUAAUUGGAUGAUUAUCUGUAUUGGCUUCUUCUUUUGCAGAUGACUGCUAGAAUAAAUUCAUUAUAAAGUGUGCUACUUGGUCCCUCUGGGUCUUGUUUUCUUGCACUACUCAGUCUCAUCUCAUCUCUGACAGGUCAUGAUGAAAUCUGGCAGGGGUGUAGACUUUGAAGAUAGUGACUCAUUAAAAAAAUUCCCAUCACUUCAGUUUGAUUCAGAUCUGCAGAAGUGAUUUAUUUUCACCUUAAAGUCGUCACAGUGGAUUUAAAAAGCAUAAAAGUGAAUGUUUGUCUGUGAAAUGAUGUUGUUAGGUUGUUACAAGUCUUGAAUGAAAACCCAAGGAAAUUCUUAUUCGCUUGAACAAAAUUGGUUAUUGGUUGAGAUUCAGGAAUAAAAGGACUUGGGUCUUUAUUGAGAACAUAUGAAGGACCCUGUGAUGCUGGAGUCAGAUAAAAACUCUAAAACCAUCCUUGUGUUGCUGCUGUGUGUCUGUUUUUGCUCUGCAGAGGUUUCCUGAGUUGUUGAAGUUCAACAUGAGCACGUCUGCGGUGUGUGUUUACAGUGGGCUGAAGGAGAAUGGUUGUGCUCGCUCUGUCUCAGUGUAAUAAUAUCUGCUCCUCUCUCUCUCUCUCUCUCUCUCUCUCUCUCUCUUUUUCUGCUUGUCUGCUGAGUCACCAUCAGUUCUAGGACAUCACUCUGUAAAUUGGGUUAUGCAGGAUUAUUGGAUUAUGAAAUAUUGCAGCGUUACGAUGCCACAGUACCUUUUUUUCCCCCUCUAACAUCAGUUCAGCUGUAAAAAAUCUCAGUUUAUUGUUCCUGUUGAAUUAUCACAAACAUGCAUUGACAUUUAGAGAGAACAGGACAGGGACACUCUUUACUUUAAGUGUGGUCUGCUCAGCUCAGUGACUCAGACAGACUAUAAAUCCACCUCCUUUUGUGUCUUUUCCUGAAGGACUUAGACUCUCAUAUAAAAGAUCGUUUUAACACAAAUUUGUACUGAAAUCAAACAGACACAUUGAUUAAUCAGGGAUGUUCUAAUCCGCGCUGUGAUCCCAGAUCUGAUCUUUUUAACUCAGUAAAGACCUCUAAAGUCUGCUAUAAAGACACAGAAGUCACACCUUGUCUUAAAUGACCCUGUAUGUUGUCUCAAACUUUAAAACAGCAGAGUAUAUCAUGGAUCCAAACGCUCCUAAACACGCCUAAUACCUGCAAUCUUUGCUAUGAUGAUGGGUUAGUUUUCCAAACCAUCUCCUUGUUAAUCUUUUUGGCGUUUUCACUCUUUGAAGAUGUUUAUCCUUCUGCUUUAAUCUGGAGUUUGUUGCUUUUUUUUCUCUGUCGGUUUUAAUCAGUUAUAUUUUGUUUGAGUAAACCUCCUUUGAAUUUCAAAUCAGGUCAUUUAAAAGGGUUUGCUUAUUAGAAAACCCACUCAAAAGGAUCAAAUAUUCUCACAUGUUUGAAGUGCAAUGAAGUGUGGAGUUUAUUAAUCGAAAAAGCAACAAAGUGAAACCAUUUCUAAACCAGUUUGGGGAAAUUAAAAGUCUAAUAUUUGUUGGUUUUAGCUUCUUGAAUUCAAGACUUUUAGCUUCUUUUCUCUGACAUUUAUGAAUAAGCAUGAACUUUUUCAUUACCUGGAUUUUAAUCAGUCGUGUUGUUUUUGGAUUUUAUUUGGGCAUCCUUUUAUGUGUAUUUAUGGAGGUUUUGAUGGUCAGAUCUUGAUUAUACUCAUCAUUCAUCAUUGGAGCUUCUUGUCCUUGAAGGCCACCAUAGCUUCACUUACAGGAGGGGUAAGCAAGGGAGCAUUUCAGUCUUAAAUCCCCUGAUGCAACUGAUUUUUAAAACCAUUAAGAUGUCUUUUUUUCUAGCACAACAUAUGCAGUGCUAUGAGAUACUGUCUGUUAUCUGUACUUGCUUGCAUCCAGGUAGUAAAGCGUUGAAGCUCUGUGGCAGCAGACACUACAGUCCCUGCAAGUGGCUCGUGACUUAGACGCAACAUAUGACACAUUUAUGACCUACAAUAAUGAGAUUAAAAAUAAUCAGUAUAAAUAUAUAGAGUUUCUGGUGGACUUUUUUUUGCUCAUCGAUCUAAUAGCACACAUUGAGGAAACUGAGAUGGGAUAAGUAAAUAUUUAGAUGUGCUCUUUGGUGCACUCCCUUUUUUUAUGUAUGUUUAAAUAUAGAUAUAGACAGAAGUGAUGGUGAACUUGUUUACCUGUUCUAACAGUGCACUCUCUCCCGCUCUCCACAGACGACCAGCAGCGGCAGCAGCAGGAUGAGCUCGGACGGGGGCGGGCGUCCCGUCAAAGUGGGCUCCCUGGUGGAGGUGAUAGGGAAAGGUCAGAAAGGCACCGUUGCUUACAUUGGAAACACACUCUUCGCCUCGGGAAAAUGGGUGGGAGUCAUCCUGGACGAGGCCAAAGGGAAGAACGACGGCACUGUGCAAGGCAAGCGCUACUUCACCUGCGAGGAGAACCACGGCAUAUUUGUGAGACAAUCACAGGUAAACAAACAAACAAACAAACGAGAUCUUUGUCCUGAGCGAAAGAUGAAGCUCUAACAUCCUCCAUCUGUCUGUUGUUUAGUUUCUUGUUUUGUACGAUGUUUGAGGUUUUGCUUUUUCUCUUUAUUUGACGCAGUUGGCUUGUGUGGGGGUUGAUAUUUUUCUCUGCUGUCCUCUGGGUGUUAGACUUUUUCUGCUUCAGGCUGCUUUCUCAGCUGUUUUCUGAUAAAACAUAAAAAAGUAGCGUUAUUCUUUCUUCAGAGAAAAAUACUGCAAAGUGCCCUGAAGUGUGUUCUAAAGACAUCAUAGUUUAUUUAGAGUAUGGUGGCCUUAAGAGGCAGGCCAAACAACAGCCAAUUUUUUAACACAGUUGCUGAAAUUUCACAGAAAUUUGAUUAAUUCUGAUUAACUUAACAUGUGGUCCAUUUUAUAUGCUUGGAAUCGUGCAUGAAAAUGAUGGCUCACAAGGGCAUAACAUCUGCAAUGGCGCAAAUUCUCCCUUUUAAGAGAAAAUGUUGAAAAUGUAUAAAUAGUGCAUAAUCCCAACAAAAGCACCAAAAAAAGGACACUGGAAAAUCUUUACAUGAAUAAAACAGUAAACACAGAUUUAGAGAGCACCGUCAGUGGACUCAAAGAUUGAGAAAAAAACAGCUGUAAUGUUUGCACACGUGAAUAUUCGCCGAGCACAAACAAAAUGACGGAUUCUGAUGUAUUAUGUACGGAGCAGCUCUAUCAGAAGGCUCAAACCCCUGCUAUGCUCCUCUUUUCUGUAGUCCUGACAUAAACCAGAGGCUGUCCAGGAAUGUGACAUUCAGUAAAAGUGUCCAGGAAGGUUUUAUUAUUAGAAACAGGCAAAGCUGUCAUGAUGGGCACUCAUUUGUUUCAUGAAAGUGAGAAAAGGAUCAAGUUUGUUGUCAAACAUCACAUAAUGAUGUUUUUUUAUGAUGUAAGGUAGGUCACAGAAUAUUCAUCCUGUUUUUAUUACUUUAUUACUGUUUUUUGUCUGUGAAGAAUCACUCCCAGGUUUUGUAUUUGAUUUGUUUUCUUUUUCACCAUCGAACAGAAACAUCAGUCUCAUGGUCCGGUGUAAUCAGUCUGAGAGAGUAGAAGUCUGUCAGUAGGAAACACUUUCUGCAUUUACAGUUGUUUUUAGCGCUUGACCCCUGUAGUCACUGUACUGCGGUCAUAAAGGUUGCUAAGGAGAUAUAAAAUUCAAACUCACUUGGGUAAUACUGUAUUUAAAUCUAUGUUAAUAUACCAGCCUACACAUUUUGUUUCAUGAUCUACCUUUGGUGUGUUUUCUUCCUCUGUGCCAGCUCUGUUGAUGGAAAGAUCUUUGUGAUAUUUCGGGUGACAUGAUGACUAACUGUCUGUGUCUGUCUCUCUGUCUGCGUGUCUCUGUCUCAGAUCCAGCUGGUUGAUGAUGGGGCUGACACGACAUCUCCAGAGACACCUGAGCCCGGCACGGGAAAAGUUCCCAAACGAGGUAAAAAUAAAAAAACCAAACAGACACUUCUACACUUCGACUGUUUUGUCAGGGAAAGAGAAAUCGAGACCUUUUGGAAAUAGAACCUGUCCAGUUAACAUGUUAUCAGAGAGUAUUAGACAUGCAGUAAUGUUUGAAAUCACGUAUCUUAAAGUGGAGACAUGAGCAUGAGCUGGACUGAUGCUGGUCAGUCAGAGCCUGUAGACACUAACUGCUAGUUAGUCAAACCUGUCUUUAGACAGGGCCCGGACAAACCCAUCCUAAUUACCUACUGAGUUGUUUUUUAUUUAUUCAAAGCAAGCACAACCUCCACAUCACUUGUCUUUUUAUAUUCUGUGAUCAAGAUGGUACAUCAGCAUGGACGUGUUGUCCACUGGCAGUUUUCUCUGUCUUUUUCAUACGGAUGUAUAGUUUCAUCUUUGCAUGGCACUGGCAUCAAACCCUGUUCCCAGACCGUGGUUUUUAGAAGUUGUUUUGAACCCAUGUAGUGAUUACCACGACAGAGUCAUGUCUGUUUUUAACGCAUUGCCACCUGUGGGCCUUAAAAUCACAACCAUGAAGUUCCGUGACAUUGGCUGUUGUAUAUUUUAAUUACAUUUUCUAUGUAAAAAUGCUACAAACGCCCUUUCAAAGUCAAAUACACUAAAUAGCCAACAUGCUAAAUAACCAUUAGAUUAAUAAAAAUGACUUUGCUGAAAGAAAGUAUGAAUCCUGAAAUCAUAUCUGCCUCCAUGCAAAUAUAGUAUAGUAAGUUUAAGGAGGUGUUGAUUGUCUCCGCCCUGGUGCUGACCAUCUGCUUUAAGGACAUAAAUCUUGUUGACUUGCUCCCGGAUCUUCUUGGACUUUCUACCUUGUAAAAAAAGAGUAAACAAUCCUGAUCAUUGGAAAGUUUGUGUCUCACUUUCUUUCUUUUUUUUUAUUUUUAGAGAUCCUGGAGACGCCCAAGUCCACUAAACUGGUGAGUCAGAUCACUCUGGACUGUCUGUGAUAACAAAGUUCCCCUGCAGGACACAAGGAGCAUGAAGAAGAGAUGACGACACACACACACACCUGCACUGCACACACUCACAGAGGCAGGCUGACACAUCACCUCUGUGUUAUCUAAAGUAAACACUGUGUGUUGCUGUUCAUUGCCACGCUUCAUCUUCUUGUCUUUGUCAAUCUCUCUGACAUUCGAACAAGAGUCCUCUUAUUAGAACACUUGUACUGAUUUUAUUCACUUUUAUAGAUUUAAUGUAUUUGUUUUUAUAUGUAGUUUACUGAAAAUCCUAAAACUGCAACAAAAAUAUCCUCAUAGUAUUUUCAGAAAUAUACUGACAGUCUGCAGCUUAGAUGUGGUCAUUCAAAAGUUCAAAUGUGAACAUAAAACUGUACUUACAGUAUAAAUAUAUAUCAUAUAUAUAUAUAUAGUAUAGUAUUAAAAAAGCUAGAUUUUAUGAUUUUAUCUUGAUAAUAACACAUCUGUCCUCUUUCAGGCUUCAUAUCUGACCACUAGAGGGCAGUAUUUACUGAUACAUAGUGAAACAUGAGGCUGCUGACAACUCUGUCAGACAGCUGAAGUAAAAAACCAGAAGAGCUCAACUAAAAUCAGUUAAAUCUUUAGUAUUAAAGUUAUAUGUAAGCCUUUAUUUUUGCAUGAUUCUUGAUCAGGAAAGUAGAGCACCAUAGAGGAUUUAUUUAUUGGAUUAAUACUUAAAUUAAAUACAGUUUACCCAAGACUCAAACCAAAGAAGUAUGAAGUUAAAGGCAGCAAAGUGUGAACAAAACAUAUAUUUAAAUACACAAAUGACAGACCUUACAGCCCUAAAAACUGAUUAUGUAUUCAUGUUUUACAAGUAUUGGUAAUUAAACACUUAUAAAACGUGUAAGUCAGAAAUUUCAGACAUCUCCAAAUUUCAACUCAUCCUCAUGAUUACGACUUAAUUGAGUAACUGCUCCAAGAAAGAUUUCAGUGAAUUUUCAUCACUUAUGUAGCAAACAUCUUUUUUAGAGAGCUCUUCUGUUGCUCUUUCUUCAUUAAUUUUAAAAUGUUUUAUUCAUGAGGACUCUGUCUGCAUGUUAAGUAGACCAUCCUGUGACAAAAGACAAGUGCAAUUUUAAUCUUUAUUCCACGGAGCUCAAAAUCAAUCAGAAUUAGACGAAAAAUAUCCAUGAAAUCAAUGACUAAGGGUCUGUAACAUCAGAUUAUUUUAUGUGACUCGUUAUGUGAAGAUUUGAAAUUCGUAGUUUUUGUGAAAAUGAUCCGAGUGAGAAUGAAGAAAAGUGUGUGAAGCAGAUGGAGAGUACAAGGCUCUUUAUCCACCUUCUCCAAUCGCCACAGCCCCCCAUCACUUCCAGCUCACCUCUGACAAACUUCUGACCUUUAACCUCCAUCAUCCCUUCCUUCCUCUCCUUCCUCACCUCCUCACUUCCUUCCCUUCUUUCCUCCGACCACGCAGCGAGGAGUGAAACCUAAAAAGGUGUUGCAUGUUUCUCUAAACUCGGUACAGUGGUAAUGUUAUGUUUGAUGACCUAAGUAACCAUGGUAACCGUGGCUCUGAAUGGCCUCGCUGCUGCAUGGCAACAGGGCCCUCAUCCUCUCAUUCACCCACGAUUCCCUGCUCCUCACGCCAUCCCGAUCAUCGGUCUGAACUGUUGUGUGUUUAUUCGAGACCGAGUGGGAGAGGGUCAAAUAGCGAGCGAUGCCACCUGUCUGCCAUGAGGCCACGCCCACUUCUUGUCUGUCACAUGACCUCACCAUGCUCUGUCGCUCUGGUCUGUUCGUCUCCGCUCUGUGGCUCAUGAUCUGUAUGUGUGUUUGUCCGCUCUCUGUGCAUUUUAAAGCAUGUUGGAGUCGCAAUGAAUUCAUCCCGGUGUCGUACUGACACGGCCAGGAAACUGUCCUGUUAGUGAUACGCUGGUUAUAGACAAACUUCAAACAGGAUACAUAAACAAAGGCCUUUAGAUACCUGAAGUGGUAUUUAAAAGCUUUUAGAGAAUACAUAAGGGUUAGAAAAUACAGCUGAAGUGAGCAGAAACCUUUGGCUCUGAAAAAACGAAGCCUAAGGAAGCAGGAAAAAGAACUGGCCACUUGAGGUUUGCUCCAAAAGUGAUUCAAUGAUCAUCUGCCAACAUGCCAAAUGCUUCAAAGCAGGAUUUAACGUCUGAAGCAGGUAAAAAACAGGCUUUUGGCUUCCUGUCUACGCUGGGGAAGAUUUUGUUUUUGACAUGACCUACCGUUUCAAAUGUGUCAGGGCUUAGAGUGAUGUUAUACACAGAGGCACGGUCUAUGCCUCCACUCUUUAGACUUAGCGAUGAUGACUCACUGAAUUUAAGCUUUUGGGAAUCCACCAUUAACCUCAUUAAUGGAUGGUGAGGAGUUAAACGAGCCGCAGCAGCCAGUGUGAUGUUUUCACGUGGUUUGUUUACUUCCAUUUGAGGCCUCAGGGCUGACCUCGCACACAUUCCUCGGUACCUCGUUUUUAUCAGCUGACUAGCUUUAACCCUGACAAUUUCUACACAGAUGUUGAACAUUGUGACUUGUUGAGAAGUUGUGCUUUUUACCUGCUUUGAGGAGGAAGAUGAUUAAGUCAGACAUGUGGGAAAUUUUGGGAUACCGUCUUUCAGUUUGAUGUCAAGAAAUUACUCUACGAUAUAAAUAGCAUUUUUCCUUCCUUUCGUCUUCUGUUGUGGUUAAAUCUGGAUCGUAUCGCAUGUCUAGCCAUCCUCGCAAGCAACUGACCCCCAGGAUUCUUCAUCCUGUGGUUAAAUAUUUUCUAACUUCUACUUCCGUUUUUUUGUUUUUGUCUGUUCAGCUCACUUUGGUCUACAGUCGGUCAAGUUAAAUUCCUUUCACACAAAUAGAUGAUAAGUAAAAAGAUAGAAAAACAAACCAACAGCUUUAAUAAACAUCCAGAUACUAGCGCAGAUCGAGACGACCAUUUAGCCAAAAAGGUCAAGGAGUAAAUCUGUACUCAGCCCAGAUUUCUAACAAAUAGACGGAGCUUCGAAGUUCUAGUUAUGGAUGAUAUUCAAAAGACAGAUAAAAAACAAACAAGCCACAUAAUACUAUAAUACAUAAAACACAUAUGAUAUGAUUUAUGGUGAUUUCAGUGCUGCUCUGGGAUUCACCGUUGAGAUCAGAUGCUCUUUAACUCAGCUGAGUCAUGCAUUCAGACGCUCCUCUGCUGCUGCUGCUGCUGCUGCUGCUUUGUAAAUGUCAGACUGUGACUUUGAGGUGAAACCUACCUCCUUCCAGCAGAGAUCAAACCUGCAGAGUAUGGAUUUCCCGUCAGCUCGGGUCUACUUUACGGCGCUCUGUUCUGCGUCUCCCUCUCGGCAGGUGGACUUGAAGGAUCAGGAGCUCGGCUCGCUCUCAGGCAGGAGGAUUAACAAUCGGAGUUUAAAAUCAGGCUGACAGUUAAUCUAAAGGAAUAAAAACUGUCAAAAUUGGGGACACUUUAUUAUGAUUAUUACCACCAACUCUAAUCAGAUGGUGAAAAACUCACUUACUCUGUAGGAGUUUGUUUUCUGGUUUGUUUGCACAGGUUUAUCAUGCGCUCACUCUUUACUCAUGUGAUUCAUUCCUAAGAGAGUUUCUCUGCACCUCAAACCACGUCUGACUCGCGGCGCUCUUGUAAAGACAUAAAUUAGAGCUAAGUUGUUCUUUGAUGGCUGCAGAUGGAUCCUAGAGAGUUUUCUUGAACACAGUCAGUUCUUUCUAACUGUGCAGGAAACACUACAUGUACUAUGAGUGAAAAUCAGGCCUCAAGCCUCCAGAUACAGUUCAUAAACAUGAUAAAUAUGUAAGCUUCGAUGUUUGUGCUUUGACUCCCUCCAUCCAGCGUCAUAGUUUCUUCAAGCACGUUAGAAAACAGUGACAUUGCAGUACAAGCUCAGCGUGUCGGGUUCUGCUGUGUUAACGCUUCCUGGACGGUAAUUUUAUCUCCUCUUCGUCCUGCUGGAGGCUGCAUGGACAGCAAACCUCUCUCAGUGUGAGUGCUGUUGGAAGCAGGAACUUGAUACGUCUCCACCCUCUCUCUCUCUCUCUGUCUGUCUGUCUCUCUCUCUCUGUCUUUCCCAUCACUUCAGCUGCAGUGGAUGUCCUCUCAGAGCUGCAGCAGCACUCAGUCUUGUGUGCGGUGAGAAAGUGGCGGGUUUACAGAGAGAGAUAUUUAAUAUUUUAAAAGGACAGAUUUCCCUCGGCUGCUCUGUAAUGGAUACACUUAAACAGAUUUCCUCUCUGCCUCAGCAGCUCAGACUCUCAAGGCCCUUCCCUCUUUCUCUCUCUUUAUAAACUAUUUUCCUUCACAAUUAAAAUCACUCCUUUAUUCAUACGACAGCGCGUCUUUAUUCACCAGAGUUUCCUAAACUAUCUCUGCCAGUUCUCGUGCCUACAAUGUGGAAAUAUUUCAGGUUAAAGCUCGGAGCUAAUCACGCUGUAUCCCCAUUGAAUUAAUCCUCUUACAUCCCUCUCUCCUCCUGCCGAGCUGCUGCUGCUGCAGAGAGGAAGAUUAGUGAAGCCGAGGAAGAUCCUACGAUUGCUGCUGAAAAGGCUCUGGGCUGUUGAGAGAGGAAUAGACCUAAUAAAUCAUUUUUUAUGCUGAAAUCUUUCUCAAACUCACAGGAUUGCUUUUAAGAGCUAACAUUUUGAGUCUUAAUUCGAGCUGCAGGGUAUUUCUUUUACACACUUUGGUCUCCUUUGUCAUAAUUAUGCACUAAAAACCACCUAUCAGAUGUUUUAGACUUUUUAUGUCAGUAUUAGCCUCGUCUAAUGCCAGUGCUGAAGUUUGAUUUAACAGUAACUCCAGUUGUGUAAUAUUUAAAGUUAAAUAAGGCAGUACUCCAGGCAGAUAACCAGGCCAGUACCAGGUGAGUGAUACCUUAAAUACCCCUGGUUGUAAUCCACCUCACUGCCUCAUGCCAGGAUUGGAUUUAAAGGAAGAUGCCAGCUGCUAACAAGGAGUGAAACAGUUAUAUUACUCCGUCUGUCCGCUUUUAAGAAUAUAUAUGAGACGGCUGCCCUAACAAACAGGAGAUGCUUCUGGUUGUAUCUGUACGGUCGAGGUAGGGCUGGGCGAUAAACCGAAAAUUUACCAAUACCAAAAUUUGCGACAAUAACCAACGUCAUUUUGCCCAUGUCAAUAUUAUUCGGUGUCAAUAUAAAUAGAUAAAUAAAAGUUGGUUUUGGAUGUGUGUAGGAAGGCUAUUGUCUCAUGUCUCAGAGACGUGUCUCAACCCCAUCCAGUCCAUAACAAAGAGGGAAAGACAGGUGAGGAGAUGGAGGACGGUUAAGGCAGCUGCUGAAGUAGACGAAGUUAAUGUGGGAGGGGAAGAGCAGCUUACGGAGUAGUUAUCGUCCAUUUAUUGUUAUCGGGGUGAACUGCUCAAUAUAUCGUGAUUAGGGUUGGGAAUCGAGAAUCGAUGGGAAUCGGGACUAAAACUUCGAUUCUUCCGGUAUCGUUCAAAUAUUAAAAUUUCGAUUCCAAGUUUCGAUGCCAGAGUCCGCCGACCGGAAGAAAUAGCCGCCGAAAAUCAACGAAGAAGAAGCCGCUUAACACCAAUGAGGACGGAGCGUAUGAGACGAAGCCACACAGAGAGAGGAGAGAGACAGAGAGAGAAAGUACAUUGCAACCCACAGCAAUGCAGCCGCUGUGGGUUACAAUCUCUCUCUGUCUCUCUCCUCUCUCUGUGUGACUUCGUCUCAUACGCUCCGUCCUCGUUGGUGUUCGGCAGCUUCUUCUUCGUUGGUCAAAAGUUUGGCUAACUUUAGCAGGAAGAAUGAGCUCUUAUCUCAAUGCAACAUUAGCAAUACAAUUAUAUCAUGCAAAGGAGGGUAAACGACCAACAUGAUUAAACACCUCAGGAUUCAUGGAGGAGAAAUACCCAAGUGCUCGUCUUUGACGCGCUUCGCCGGUGUUGUGUCGUAGAAUGCACACCUGACGGGAGCGCGGUUGAAAGUACACAACAAGGCGAAACAAUCCAAGUUUUUCUUACCGUUGAACGGAAUCUAAAGCGUGUGCCUUUAAUGAUUUCAUUCAGGCUAUUCAGAUAUGCCGAAAACAAUAGCCCUCUGAUUCGGAAUAUUUACUGUCCUGAAAAUAUAAUGUUCUCUACAUUAACAGCUUACUGUACAGUUUAUAUACCCAAGUACACCUUUAUCUGUGCAUUUUUGAGACACAUACAAACAAAACGAAAGUUUACUGCUCCAUUUGACACGUUUUCAUGAUUUAAUACCCGUGUUUUAUUAAAUAUGAGAUCAUAUUUCUUCCACUAAGAAGCUAAUCAGUGGAGGGGAGGCAUUCUACGGCAGGGGUGCAUUCUACAGCACAACACCUGUCUUCCGCUAACCAGUCAGGAUCAGAUAAGUGAAACAAUAAAUUACUUCUGUCCUCUGCUAACUUUGAAGCGGUAAACAAAUUGAACUGUGUACGGUGAGUAAACUUAAAUAUCCACCUAACGUUAGCCCUUGUACUUUUUCAUAGACAAACGACCUGAAAACAAAAUUUGAUAUUUAUAUACUGGUUGAAAAUAGCUCUGUGAGAAAUUCAUAGUAAAGUUCUUAAAAAGUUAAUGGGAUUUAAAAAUUCAUGGAGAAGUUCAGAAAUUUCAUCCAAAAAGAAGAGCCCCGGUUAGCACCCUCAUUCAAACCAUGCUUUUUUUUUUCUUUUUUCUUUUUGAUAUCCUGCCUUUUAAAAGAAUCGAAUUAGAGAAUCGAUAGGAAUCGGAAUCGAAAUGAGGAAUCGAAAUUGGAAUCGGAAUCGUUCAAAAUCAAACGAUACCCAACCGUAAUCGUGAUAUUGAUUUGAGGCCAUAUCGCCCAGCCCUAGAUUGAGGGUUCAAGUCUGAUCCUUAUCCCAUUCCUCCAGUUUUAGUUUAAGAACUUUUGAGGCUUUUGUUUUGGAUCAAAAUCUCUGAAAUUUGUCUUUAAAUGUUUGGUUACAUCUAGAGUGUUGUUACUGGUGGUGGUAUGGUCCAUUACCACCACACACUGUGUUGAAUUGACCCGUUUUAAAAGUCUCACCAAGCAGCAACUUCCAGGGUUAAAAAUGAAGCCAGUGCAGAUUUGACUAACAGGUUGGUCUGUUGUGGCUUGAAUGCUAAAAGCCUGGCUUCAUUCUUGGCUCGCCGGACUUAUCUUGUGAUUCUUUUAGCGUCCAUCCAAACAAGCUGGUGGACUCUCAAGAGGGGGAAGGUUUUAACUCAGCCUCAAAUGAUGCAACUGUUAAACAGACUCCUUGGACGUUGAAAACAUCUGAAAAAAGUUGAUGUUGUCGGUUAAAGGAGAUUGAUUAAACAAAUGUUAUCUUUAUUGUGUCAGUCUGGGACACUGACAGAGUAGUUUUAGUAGUAGUUUCAUCAUUAUUCAGCCUGAGACCAAAGAGUUUCUUUGUGGCUUUGACAGGAAUAAAAAUUUAGCCAGCUUAGCUUCUGGGUGUUUUUCUUUUUUUUUUUUUUUUACAUCUUUUUUUUAUUUCACAAUGAUAUCGCAACCAAAGAAAAUGUCCCCCUUUUUUUUUUCUUUUUUUUUCUAACCACAUAAUUUCCUCCCCUUCCCAUUAUUCCCUAGGGAUACAGAACAGAAAGAAAAAUAAAUGAAUAAAUAAAUAAAGAGUACAGAAUCAGACAAGUACAUUAAAGAGGAACUAAAUAAGAAAAAGGCAGCAAUGGUGAUAUCCAUAAACACCAUCCAAAUGUGUAUACAUAUAGGCUGUAUAUAUAUAUAUAUAUAUAUAUAUAUAUAUAUAUAUAUAUAUAUAUAUAUAUAUAUAUAUAUGAACAUAUUCAGACAAAUGCAUACCAGCUAAAUUACAAAUAAUCACUGGUCCCUCUUAAAGACUGGAUGUUACUUUUUACACAGUUUUGUCAUCAUGAAAUUUCCCGAAUGUUAGAAAAUGUUAGAAGCUGUUUGCCCGCAUUCACACAUGUGAGCUGUUGUUAUAUAAGCUUCUUUUUAAUCAAGUAAGAGCUUGUGGUUUCGAGCCUUUAUGAAACAGCGAGGUCGAGUGUGUCUUUGACUUUGACAGAGCUGAAAUAAAUCCCUCAAUGUGACGUGACGCUGAGUGACGGGGCAGGACUGUGCUAACGCCAGUGUAAGGGUGUGGAACGAACAGCUGGUGACGCAAACAGGAAAUUCUACAUCGGUCAGCACAGACUGGACCGUAUCAUUUCAGUUCAGCCUGAGAAGUCGUUUCAGGGAACAAACCCGGUCUGGGUUGCAUGUCCACUUUAAAAGAGUUUUUGCUACUUUUGGUGGGUUUUUUUUCUCCUCUCGUUUAUUCAGAGUGUAAAGAAGAAGAGUAGCGUAAAAUUGAAUCUUGAACAUCAGUGCAUGAUUGUAUAUAGCUUUGGAAAUUGUUAGAAAUACUCGACACAAAGAAGAAAACAGAAUCCACCAAACAAAGUCAGAUAAUUGGAUUCCUGUUCUGUGAUUUUUGGGGACGAAGCGGCCGCAAAUUUGAAUCGAGUAAAUCUGAAAACCUGCAGAACUGACAUGGAUAUAAAUCAUUUGUGAUGCAGAUCAGGUGCAGGUUUCCUCCGUGUUAUUGUCUGGUUGUAAUGAGCCCAUAGGAUGGCUCAGGGAGUGUUGCUAGGAGACAAGAGAGGCUUGCAUCAAUGCCACUGCUGCCGCCGCCGCCGCUGCUCUUUUUCCCCCUCUCACCUCCAUUUAUGCCCCCCCCCCCCCUUCUCCCUGUCUCCACACCCACUGUCUCACCCAUCCCUCCCACCCUCUGCCUGUCUGUCUGUAGUGGAGGUGCUGAUGAGUGGGUGGGCAGCACGGGGAGGACUGGAGAGAAAGAGGGGGAGGAGGGUUGCACAGUGAUGUAAUGCAAGAGCAGGGCAUUGGCUGUGCCGGCGAAUUACAAUACCGAAGAAACAGAAAAGGGGGAAAUGGGAGAGAAGGGAGGAGGGAGAAGAGGGAGGAGACGAAGGUUAGGGGAGGCGAGGCGUCUCCUGUGAGCAGUAGCAGGUCGGAGGCUGGCGGCGGCAGCAUGUCAGAGCGCUAAUCGAAGCAGAACGGGAAAGGGAGGCACCGAUAGGAAAGGGGGGCUCCGGGAAAAACUGGAUUAUGAGAGGAGCUGAGAAGGAGGACAUAAAGGAGGACAGGGCGGACAGGGGCAGGGAGGGGGGAGGAAAUAUCGCUGCGGCCAUUUGCACCACUGCGGCUUCCCGGCCUGAGCGGCUGCUUGUCUGACUGUUUGUCCUGCUGAAGCCGGCGUCUGUGGAUCGAGCAUCUCUGCCUGUUUUUACCACCUCCCUGUCUGUGUCUGUGUUUGUGUGUGUUUCUUUGUGACUGUGUUGUGUGUCUUCUUCUCUUGCAAAUAUGAUGAGACAGACUCCUGCACCCCGGAAGGUACAGAACGAUCGUCUUUACCUGUUGGGAUUUUCUUGUUGCUGUUGUCUCCAUUUUUUGUUGUUGUUGUUUUUGAGCUUUUGGAAGUUUCCUCAUUUGGCUAUUCCCGGGAAUCGCCCUGUUUUUUUCUCUCUCAAAGUGAUAUUUGAUAUUCCCGGUGUGGACGUAUAAACAUAUCUGCAGCUUGUUUGCUCCUUUUUGAGUUGAUUUCCUCUUAGUGUUGUGUUAUUUUGCCCUUUUUUUGCAGAAUAAUUUAAUUAAUUUACAUUCGUGUGCAGAAACUUUGGUUGGGUUUCUCUGUCAUUUGUUUCAUUUGACCUCUUCAUGCUGAAAUCUUUGGUUAUAUCACUGAUUCAUAUCUCUCACAGGAGAAUCAAAUGAUUUCCCUCGUGGUUGUAUUUGAAUCAAACGGUGUAGUGUAGUGAUUCUCAGUACAGCUUGUUCUAUCACCUCCAGCACGACACGGUGGCUUAAGAAGGCUGUCAGCUCUUAUUUUGGUACAGCUGUUAGCUCAGGGUAAUUUCUGCUGAAUGGUCCAGCUCUAAUCCAAUAAAGGAACGAUAACUAGCCAAAGCUACGGCAGAGCUGAAGCUGAAGCAGAGAGAGAAAGAGAGAGAGUGUUUAAUGGAUAAGAAUAGGUGGGGAAUGGCAGAGAGACCAGAGAGAGGAGGAUUUAAGAUAAUUUUACGUUAUUGUAGUAAAGAUAUAACAAAUCUACACAAACCUGGGUUAAAUUUAAGAUUCAAAUAGUAACAGAAAUGCUAAAAUCUUACAUUUUCAUAGCUGUGCCGCCCUCCUGUAGAUUUAGUUCACUCCAGAAAAUGUUCUAUGAUUCCUUAAAAGUUUUCAGAAUCAACUUAUAUCUAGAUAUUUAAGAGCCAAAAUAUUAUAAAGCGAUGGAUCAAAAAAGCCAACAAGAUUUUGAAUUAGGCAGCACAAAUGUGAAACUUAAGCUGAUAAUAAUAACAAGUUACAGGGUUCCUACACAAGUAUGGAAAAGUAUGGAAGUAAUUUGAUUAAUUUCCGGGUCUUAAAAAGUAUGUUAAAUGAAAAAUAAAGUAUGGAAAAAUAUUUAUGUUUCUAGACUAUUACCAUGGUUAAAAAAAAAAAAAAGAAAGAAAACACUGUUUUCUAAAAUAGAAAAGUAGGUAUGUCCAAAAUUAUUGUAAAAAGUAAGGUAUGAAAAGUUAUGGAAAUUCCAUCUGUGUAGGAACCCUGAAGAUAACUCCCAAGUUUUGAUUUAAAUUUACUUUUAUUAGUUUAAGACUGAUUUAUAGAUGCAGCUGAAAAAGCAAUACUUCAGAUUCAAUGUUAAAAUAGCUCUUCUAUUGCAGUGUAAUUCCUCAAAUUCACAUUAAAUUUGACUUUUGCAUCAAGUCUAUAAAUUGACCUGCUUCUUUACUGUUAUAAAUAUAGUAACAUUUCCCUAAACAUCUGCAUUCACAGCAGAGGGAAAUGCUCUUAGCUUUUUUCUGUAAAUAUUAUUAACAGAUGCAGAAAAUAACAGCAACUGCAUAAUAUCCCUGUAAAGGUCCUUACACUCCUUCAGGUCGUUAUCUUUGUAAUGUUUGUGUCUUUUAUCAAAAAUCACUCUGUUCUCCGACACGUAAACAAUCAGCCGGUCGUCCAUGUUGGAUAUACCAGUGAAUUAGACAUCGCAACAACACGCAAUCUGAUUGGUCAGAAGUGGACACACAGUAUGCGAAACUUUAGAAAAAUUCAACCAUGAUACGAAAAAAUAAAUGCCGCGAUAUCGCAGGACGGGAAAACGUCGCUGAUGUGAAGAAAUGCUCCCGGUGUGUAAGGACCUUAACCCUUAAAUUCUGUUUAAACCCAAACCUUAUCAUGGUUUGUGGUUGAAUUUGGUCUGUUUUCUUCAAUUUGGUUGAAGUCUCUCUGACACAGCCCUUAAACGCUGUCACUACCCUCACUAGUUUAGAGUUUAGGUGGAUCAGAAUCAGCUGUUUUGAUGGACAGAUUACUCUCCCCCACAUUAGAGUACAGAUGUUUAUCGGCACUCUUCACUGAGUGUCUGCUCAUCCGUCCAGCUGUGCUCCAUGUCAAAAGCACACUCUGUGUAGCCGGAUAACAAUCCAUUCUUCCUAUGCUGUCUAUAGAGUUUCAGAGCAGUGCAACAGAACCGGGCUCCCGACCCGUCCCCUGAGACACAAUGCAGCCAUUUAGGUCAGAGCAGCCGUACCAGCCACAGUGUCGGAGGGUUUCAGGAUCACGUGGGUGGAGGAGAUGAGGCCCCAGAGAUCACAUAGGACAGGAGGGAUCAGAGAGACAACAACAACUGAGCUGUAGCAAAGAUUCAUUGUGCAGGAAAAUCCUCGUCUGUAGCUUUUUGAAUGUCUUGAUCGAAGCUGAAAUCAUGUCAUCCUCCCAUUUUUUCCCUUUUGUCUGUGAUUUCCUGUUCAAUAUGCCUCGAAUCUCACUAACCCUGCCUGUUGUUUCCUUCCUUCCUCUCCUUUUCUCCCUCUCCUCCUCCUCCUCCUUUUCCUCAGACCACGGCCAGAAGGCCCAAGGUGAGCCCACUCCUCAAAGUCCUCAGGGCUCAGUUUGGAUUAUUUGUGUGAUUGUUGUUGUGCGUGUGUGCGUGUGUGCGUGUGUGCGUGUGCGAGACAUUAGUGACAAAAACAUCACCAGACAUGAUUCACACUGAGAAAUGGGUUUCAGUUUGAAGCACCAGUUGUUGUUUUUUUCUGUUUAGAAAAGCAGAUGGCACAUUUGUCUUCAGUUUCUCCACACUGAUAUUCAGAGCACACGUUCCUGCAUCAUCAUAUCUUGACUGUUUUUCAACAAUCAUGUUUAACUUGUGGUUAUUUUCGCUGCUCUAGCAGUUGUAGUUAAUGCUUUUGUUUUCAUGUUUCACCAUGCUUAAUUUAUUAUUUCAUUUUCUCUCAAGUUUUGGUCUAAAUUGUUGCUUCACGUUGAGCAUUUUUUCCUGUUGCAGUUUUGUAUUUUCACCCUCGAUCAGGUCAACAUGGAGGUCCACUUAGAUAUUUUCCCUGAACUUAAUUAUCAUAAAACAACAAAUCUGUGGGUGCAGACAGGUCAGUUUUGUAGACAAAUGUGUAAGUUAACAAGGAUGUUAACUUAAAGUCUUUUGUGUCAUCAUCAAAUUACAUAAAAAGAAAAAUAACUGCAGCACAAAAGAAAUCCUGACACAGGGUCUCCAACUGAAGGACAAAAAGAGAAAGCAGAGCAAUGAUGACUUAAAGCACCAGUAAGGAGUUUUUUGACCAUUACAAAACAGACUGAAAUUUAUGUUGAAGCCUUUUUAGACCAUCAGUGAGAAGAUUGACAAUUUUUAUUCUGUAAUUUUAACAUCAGCCCUUUAUAGCAGCCCUUUUUUACAUUUUCCACAUAAGGUGUUUACAAUAAAUAAUGCAUUAGGCCGUCAAAAGUUCCUCACAGGAGCUUUAAAUUAUUUAUGACGAGGUAACAUUUCCAUCAACUGGAUUUUUAAAUUCCUACCCUGACAUAUAAAGUCAUGGAUUUGAUAGAAAAGUCAUUUUUUAGGUGUAAAAUAUAAAUACAGGGCUGUUUCUUCAGCUGCUUGACUGACACCUACCCUCCUCACACGAGUUUCAGACAUUAAAAAUGACUGUUAAAGAAUAAUCAGUGUUAUUGCUGAUGGUCUUUAAGUCAUGAUAAGUCAUCAAUAUGAAUUUCAGUCUGUUUAAUAAUUGUCAAAAAACUCCCCAUAGGAGCUUUAAAGUUACGUUUUGGUCAUUUUUGCCUCUAUGAGACAGGAAAUGUGGGAAGAGUGGAGUUAGAGAAAACAUACAAACGUUUAGGUUUCUUCAUAGUAAACAUAAUAUCCUAAAAGAACAGAGGACUACAAUCAUAGGGACCUCCAUUUGUGCCGCUUUCACAUCCUCAAUCAGACCUUAAAGCUUGGUUGGAUCUUUCUUUGUUUGAUUUUUGAGUGUUUAUCUCAACGUUUUCCCCUCUUGGUUUCCACAGCAGCCCAGCCGAACCACGGGCACAGUGGGAAAGGGGGCCGCGUCCGGCUCAGCCUCGGCCUCUGCUGGGGAGAUGAGCAGCAGCGAGCCCAGCACGCCGGCCCAGACUCCUCUGGCUGCUCCAGUCAUCCCCACCCUCCACUCGCCUGGAAAUAUUCCAGCUCCUGGCCCCACCAAGGUCAGUCUAAAAAAAUAUGACCCUACUUUAUCUUCCACAAACAAUGAAAACAGGAGGCAUCGCUUACAAACUUGAAAAACUUGCUGCAGUUUUGGCCGAUUUUUAAGACGCAGGCCUCAGCUGUUAGGGGAGUCAUUUAUUAUAUGAGGUGGGGUGGAACAGGACUUAUUCAGAACUCUAGAUGAUCAGAAACGUCUCAGGACUCUGUGCUUUAGCCGUAGCAGCAGAAGUGUGGGAGUGAAAUGAGAUGUGACAUUUUCUGUGCUAUAGCUCCUAUAAAUAUACAUUUUUUUUAACACAGCUGUCACUCGGUAUCGGUGUCAUCCUCGAGCUACAAAAAUGAAACUCCACUGAGUUAGAGGCCCUGAAUGUUAUUUUAUGUCACAUUGAGAAAGAGGAAAGUAUUGAACCGAAUCAAGUCUCUAAAAAAGUGUAAAAUAUGGGUUUAAUUUCCACCGCAGUACCAGCUGCUGCUUCAAAUUAUUAAUUCAGAGGCUAAUUAUCUGAACAGCUCGACCCCUCCUGAGGUCAGAGGAGACUCGGGUCUGUCUCAGCAUGACGUCAGCAUGAGCCAGAGCGAAGCCUGCAAAGACUGUAAUUGACUAAAAAAUUUUUUUUUUUCCUUCUGUUUGAAUAAUCAGUUAAAAUUUAAAUAUAACAGAAAAGAAAAAGGUUUUUGCUAUUUUAAGAUUGACUUAAAAUAGGACUUAAGUCACUGCCCGGUCAGUCUUAACUGAUUAAAACCACCCGCUGUUUAAAGAGUCCCUCCAUCUGGCUGCAGAUUUAUCUGCACUGCAAGCAGGUCAAACAAACUGAAAACCUGCUCUGUCCUGAGAACUGUCAGCAGCUCCAUGUGAGGACACUAAAUAUCAUUGACUUUUAGUUGGUUUUAAGUGUUAUCAUUACACUAAGGCAAUAAAACACUCAGUUAACAGUCAGGAUUUAAUACAGUUUAUGGACGUUAGCUGUAUCAAACAUAGAUGUUGACCCGUUGACAACAAGCAGAAUUUUUAACAUGGAUUGAUGAUGGUCGCCAUGUUGGAAAUGCCGACCCAUUCUAACUUUGUUGACAUUUCUAGAUCGACUUCAUCUCUCAGGACAGGAGGCUGCUGCCUGAUCAGUUAUCAUGUGCAAAGUUAGGUUCGAUUUCAGGGGCCAUGUGCGAUAUUACUGAUCCAUUACACUAAGUUAUUCCUUUACUUACAUUGUCAUAAGCAGUCGAACUUAAUAGGUAAGAUUGUUAUUUUGCCACAACCAUGUAUAACUACAAUAACCAGUUAAUUAUUUUCUUGUCUCUUAUUACCAUCAAUAUAAAAACCGCCACAGCUUCUCUGCCUAGCUUAGCUUGUCAGUUUUUAACCGAUAAAUAUUUCUCUUGUUUCCUCAUUAGGCACUUUUGUCACCUGUAAACAUUUCUGCAUCCAUAACCUAAAAAUAACUUUUUAGUAUCCAAACUUGAAACAGAAGUGGAGCGAGAAUCGAGCCCUGAGGGAUGCCACACCCGAACCCAGACCUCCAAAAUGAUCGUUCAUGUAAAUGAAUAAAUAUCAUCAUGUAGAUUUAACUUUCUUGGCAUCAUCAGACCACUUCACCUGGGUCUGGAACCAUUCAAUUUAUUUUAUUAAAGUGCAUCAAAAGUUCCUCUGGAAGGUUUUGGUUUUGGAAGAAAACACAAUCAGGUGGAGCUUUUUUGCUAAAAAAAUGAAACAAACCCUUCAGACUAAAGUGAUUCGAUCGGGAUCACACGGUCCUCUAAUCCAAACUCAGUCCAGGUCCAAAUGUUAAUUGUUUUGCAUCUGUAAUGGACUUUGGUCUCGUCUUUAAUCUUGAAUUUGGGAAAGGUUAAGUCUCUUUUGUUUCAUCUGACUUAGAGAUAAAAAGAAAACGACAGGUGUUUGAGUCGUUUCCAGGUAAAUGUCAGGGGUUUAAACUUUAACAUUUUGAAAAAGUCAGCUGCCGUCUGGUGUUGCAGUUCGAUAAACAGGAAUCGUUUUUCAUUCCCCUCCAGGAGGACGUCGCUCUGGAGACACAGGUGCAGUGAAGCGGUGUGAUUUGAUGUGACGUCUUUUGCGCUUGACUCUGAAGUGUUGCUUGUCUCCCACUAACAUGUUAAAAAGCCGUCAGAGGUGCGAGGUUUAGUCUUUAAUUGGUGUGCGAGGAGGACGCUCUGACUUCGCUCACGGGCUCGAAGGAAGUAACUGCAUGAUUGAAUUAAGGUCUCCUGCUGUGGAGUGCUGUGUUUUCAGUUACACAUUAUGUCGGGCAAUAUGACGUGUGUGCGUGUUGACACUGACACCAUCUCUCUGCAGGUGGAUUCACUGCAUGAAGGUGAAAUUAACGCCUGAUAUUUUAUUUUAAUGAUUUACUGAAGGAAAAAAAAAGUAUUGUGAAAGAGAAACGGUUUGAGAAAUGUUGUGGCAGCAAACAAAACAAAAAAUAAAAAAAUGUCUUAUUUCCAGGAGGAGGAGGCGCUGCGUGGUCAGGUGAAGGACCUGGAGGAGAAGCUUGAGACUCUUAAGAUGAAGCGAACGGAGGACAAGGCCAAACUGAAGGAGCUGGAGAAGCAUAAGAUCCAGCUGGAGCAGCUGCAGGAGUGGAAGAACAAGAUGCAGGAGCAGCAGGCCGAGCUGCAGAAACAACUCAAAGAGGCCAAGAGGGUGAGGAACAUUCGCAGGACUCAGAUGAGGAAAACUGGUCUGGACUGUAAAGGGAUAAAAGACUCACGAUCAUGAACUUUCUGUUGUGUAGGAGGCGAAGGAAGCCCAGGAGGCAAAGGAGCGUUACAUGGAGGAGAUGUCGGACACGGCGGACGCGAUCGAGAUGGCCACGCUGGAUAAGGAAAUGGCCGAGGAGAGGGCGGAGUCUCUGCAGCUGGAGGUGGACUCCAUGAAGGAGAAGGUGGACGAGCUCACCAUGGACCUGGAGAUCCUGAAGCACGAGAUCGAGGAGAAAGGUACGACUGAGACGCUCUUUUACUCCACGACACACUGAUACAGAAGUGUGUUUGAAACCUCAGUGAUUAUUAUUUUUAUUUUCGUCAACCUUAGAUAGUUUUUUCAUGAUUGCUUCAGGACAACCCCCCUCACCUCACUAGUGUCAGAAUUAAUCACGUUGGUUUCUUGUGGAUCAUUGUGGAUGUUUUACAGGUUCAGAUGGUGCUGCCUCCAGUUACCAUGUGAAACAGCUGGAGGAGCAGAACAGCAGACUGAAGGAAGCUCUGGUCAGGUAGGUGUGCUGCUGAUACAACCUUACAUCUGUGUUUUAUGAUGAUCUAGGGAGAGAGAUCCAGCUCGACUCUUCAUCCAGAUCUUCUUAAAUCGGUCUUUUGGAUUCUGUUUUAGGAUGCGUGACCUGUCGUCGUCAGAGAAGCAGGAACACGUGAAGCUGCAGAAGCAGAUGGAGAAGAAGAACGUGGAGCUGGAUUCUCUGAGGGGCCAGAAAGAGAAACUGCAGGAGGAGAUGUCUGUGGCGGAGAAGACCAUCGACGAGCUGAAAGAGCAGGUGAGGGUUUGAGCCCACCUUUGUCUCUAUACCGAGGUUUUUAUGAUUAUCUUUUUACUCUAAAGACGAUGACGACGAUGUGGUUUGUUUCAGGUGGAUGCGGCUUUAGGAGCGGAGGAGAUGGUGGAGACUCUGACGGAGAGGAACCUGGACCUGGAGGAGAAAGUCCGAGAGAUGAGAGAGACGGUCACCGACCUGGUGAGUGAGAAUAAUCUCCAGUCUCACUGAGAGCAGCGAAGAACAAACAAAAACACAGACAGACAGGAGAAAUGAGAAAAGACACACACAUGCCAGCCUCUGUGUGUGUGUGUGUUUGUUUUGGUGUGAGAGGAAAUGAAAGCGCCCGAGUUUGCUGACUCACUUCAGGAUUGACACGAGGUCGGUUCAUAAGUAUCUCUGAGCUGCCCUCUAGUGUACAACCCUAUGUAAAUAAAUUAGAAGUCUAUUAGUGUCGUAUUUAAUUUUCAUUCAGACCAAUGACUCUGAGCGCUCUCCUCUUAUUCUUUCGGACCGUGACAUUGACAUUAAGAUCAUCAGUACGACAAAAAGUGUCUGAUCUUAAUGUCUGGAGGAUUUUAGAAAAACCCCACAGGAGGAGGUUUUGUACCCCUUCUGUGUUCUCAAACACUCACACGUUUCUCUUUCCUUCAUCUGUCAGGAAGCGAUAAACGAGAUGAACGAUGAGCUGCAGGAAAACGCCCGAGAGACGGAGCUGGAGCUCAGGGAGAUGUUGGAUCUGGGAACGUCCAAAGUCCGAGAGUCUGAGAAACGUGUGGAAGCGGCUCAGGAGACUGUAGCUGAUUAUCAGCAGACCAUCCAGAAGUACAGGGAGCUCACGGCUCACCUGCAGGUACAACUCAUACACUGUAGAAACAUGGAUAUAGAUUCAGUCUGCCUGUCAAUCAGCUCAGAUCUGUUCAUAAAAGUGUGAACUUUGAAAAUAAAAAAGUUAAAGGCAAAUUCAGGAAAUUAAAUGUUGGUCUGAUUAUGAGGAACUUGUUGAGAUAUCAGUCAGACUAAAGUAUUGACAUGUGUUUUAGUGUUUUAAAAGUCCAGUUUUGGUUCAAGUUGUUCCAUAACUUAUCUUAUGUAAUGAAAGAAAGAGUAAGAUGACUGUUUUAAUCUCUUGCUCUGUUUUUUUGUUUUGUUUUUUGGGCUUAAACCUCCAAGGUCGAGAAAUAAAACCAGCAUCAGUGCCAAAAAAACUGUAGUUCCUUCAGUGGCCACUUGAGGCUGAUUCCAAAAAAGAGUCAAUCCCCAUUAAAAUUAAAUUAAAUUAAACACUUAAACCUGAUUUAAACUCACCAUGCAUAAUUGAGGUGAAUGAAUUCAUACAGUAAUAUUUGAUCACAGUCCUCAGAAGUAGGAGGAAAUGUUUACCAUCUCGUAAACAAAUUCAACUUCACUGUAAAACUUUAACUGCAGUUUUUUUUACACUUGAACCUUGUCUCAGGUUCUUCAUAUCUACACACACUCAGACUCUGUGUUCAGCUGCAGCACAUUGAUAAUGCGACAUUCAUGUUCCUGAUGGUUUCUUUGUGUUCGUUGCAGGAGGUGAACCGGGAGCUGACCAGUCAGCAGGAGGCCUCAGCAGAGCUGCAGCAGCAGCCGGCGGCCGAGAUGUUUGAUUUCAAGAUUAAAUUUGCAGAGACGAAGGCGUACGCCAAGGUCAGGAACGAGAACGGCUCUUUGGAUAAUGAGAGUUUCCCUGAAGUGUGAUAACGCUGAUGUGAUUCAGUAUCUGCCUGAACGACCUUUGAAACUCUUGUUCAGAUUCAGAGGUCGUUCAGUUAAAGCUUCAAAGAUUAAACUUUGCACUUAGUUUGAUUUAAAGUCAGGAUCUGUGUUUUUUAUGUACCCAGGCCAUCGAGAUGGAGCUGAGGAAGAUGGAGGUGAAUCAGGCCAACAGGCACGUCUCUCUCCUGACCUCCUUCAUGCCAGAGUCGUUCCUCCGUCACGGCGGGGAUCACGACUGCAUCCUGGUGCUGCUGCUCAUCCCCAGACUCAUCUGCAAGGUGACCGCUCUCUCUCUCUCUCUCUCCUGCAGGAUGGAAAAAAGACUAAAAUGUGUUUCUUUAUAUAAGCGCAGCGUUCGUAAGUGUAUGUUUGUGUUUGUCUGCAGGCCGAGCUGAUCAGCAAACAGGCUCAGGAGAAGUUCGACCUGAAUGAGACCUGUGUGGAGCGAGCCGGGCUGAGGGGAGCCGUCGGGGAGCAGCUGAGCUUCGCAGGCGGUUUGGUUUACUCUCUCAGUCUGCUGCAGGCCACGCUGCACAAAUACGAGCAGUAAGUUUCAUCACAGGCUCAAGAAAAAAAAGAGAGUAAAUCUUAAAGUUUGGGGAUUUUUACUUUUGCAUUUGAUCAGAAUCUGUAAAACCAUAUUCAGAUGAUUUUUGGCUCACACAUCACCUCUUUAAUUCGUCAUUUGUACUCUAAUUUUCAUGGUUGUUUUGCUGUUUUUAGUUUGAAACCAGAGAAAAAUGAAAAAUAUACAUGAAAUUAACUGAAAAAGACAUUUUAAUUUACAAAGAAUUAAGCUUGAAAAUCCUCUUCGUAAACAAACAAAACCUCGCUGGUUAUUUCCCAGAGUGACGCCUACAGGAUUUAUGAGAUUUUCACGCCUCAUUUCUUUAAUACUCUUAUAUUUUUGUAACUGUGUGACUGAAUCAGUUUAAAGGGAGCACAGAAAGGCAUAAAUGACUCUUGUGUGUUUGUGUGUUUGUGUCAGAGCUCUAACUCAGUGCAGUGUGGAGGUCUACAAGAAGAUCGGCGCCCUCUACCCGGAGAUGAGCGUCCACGAGCGAUCUCUGGAUUUCCUCAUCGACCUGCUGCACAAGGAUCAGCUGGACGAGACGGUUAACGUGGAGCCGCUCACCAAGGCCAUCAAAUAUUAUCAGGUAACGGAAAAUAAGAUUCAUGAUCUUCAUUUUAAACCGUAACGACCAUCAUAUCAGACUCAAAUAGGACCUCAACUUUUUGUUUGUUGGCUUGUUUUAUUCAUUCAUUUAUUUAAUUUUUUUCUUUUUUUAAUCAUUUAUUUAUGAACACUAUGAACAUAAUUGUUAUUAAUUGUUAAACAAUCCUGAUAUGGGAUGAAGUGAGGGUCAGGUGGGUUGUUGUGGGAUAAGAGUAGGGAAACUCUAAAUACUGUAGCUUACCUAAAGUAGUAGUUGUUUAAUGUUGGAGUAUAAUUCUCCCUGUGUCGUGUGCUGCAAAAAAAAUUAUGUUAAUGUGUCAAAACUCAAUAAAAAUUGUUAAACUAAAAAAAAAAAAGUAUCUCAAUACAAUGUCGAGCUUUUGAAGGAAAGAUUGAUGCAUGUAGGGAAGUUUGAUCUGCAUCCUUGAGGAUUUCUGGCUCGGCCAAAAGCUAAAUUUUUUAAGGUUUGUCUGCACAGACUUGUUUGGACGUCUCAGUGUCACAUCCACGUUUUUACGCCACGUCACUGCAGUGUGUGAAUCCCUACUUAUCUUCACAUUGCCUCUCUCCUCAGCACCUGUACAGUAUCCACCUGGCAGAGCAGAAUGAGGACUGCACCAUGCAGCUGGCCGAUCAUAUCAGAGUAAGUCCUGAGGUUUAUAACAGUCUAUGAGGAGCACACUCACUCUUGUGAUGGACUUUAGUGUACAUCUAUACCACAGUUAAUCCUCACCUCUUGUUCGUCCUCCUGCAGUUUACCCAGAGUGCCUUGGACUGCAUGGCGGUGGAGGUGGGUCGUCUGAGGGCCUUCCUCCACGCCGGUCAGGAGAAAGCCGACCUGGCCGUGCUGCUGAAGGACCUGGAGACGUCCUGCAGCGAUAUUCGCCAGUUCUGCAAGAAGAUCCGACGCAGGAUGCCGGGAACCGACGCGCCCGGUAUCCCAGCGGCGCUCAGCUAUGGACCACAGGUAACGAAACGAUCAGCUGUUUGUGCCUCGUAAAACUCAUCUCCUACGAACAUACAGAAAUCUAUAUAUUUGUGGUGUUUAUUUCGCACCUGCAGGUGUCGGACACGCUCUCAGACUGCAGGAAACACCUGACCUGGGUGGUGGCGGUCCUGCAGGAGGUUGCUGCAGCUGGAGCUCAGAUGAUGUCUCCUCUGGGCGAACAGGAGGGGCUUGCUGCCGUCAAACUGGAGGAUGUGGCGUUUAAAGCAGGAGAGCAGGUACACGAGAUUAAACUUCAGCGAACUUAUUUUGAUGAUCAGUCCCAGUCAGACCUGGUUCUUGGCGAGUCUGCUCCAGUGUUUCACUCUCUCUGUCGUUCUCAGAUUUAUGGAUCCCAGGGAGCGAACCCCUACGAGUAUCUGCGCCAGUCCUGCAGCACCGUCAUUGCGACCAUGAACAAGAUGGCCACAGCCAUGCAGGAGGGAGAAUACGACUCUGAGAAGCCUCAGAAUAAGGUCAGCCAGAGUCACGGACCUCUCUGAUCACUUUGAUGUAGUUUCUCUUUGGACUUUUUCUGAACAUUUCACUGUCGUCUUCAAUCCAGAAUCCUCCCCCCGUGGACGCUCGCUCUGCGGCUCUUCGUGCUGAGAUCACAGACGCCGAAGGUCUGGGUUUGAAGCUGGAGGACAGAGAGACGGUCAUCAAAGAGCUGAAGAAGUCUCUGAAGAUCAAGGUGAGGGAACACUCCGACCUGCUCAAAGCUCAAGUGAAGAGGAGCAAAUAAAUGGAACCUUCUGUGACUGUUUUCAUGUAUAAAUCCAGGAAACAGCUGAGACGUGAUGGUUUGUGUUUGUGUGUUUUCAGGGAGAGGAGCUGAGCGAGGCCAACGUCCGUCUCAGCCUCCUGGAGAAGAAGCUGGACAGUUCCUCCAAAGACGCAGACGAGCGCGUGGAGAAGAUUCAGACCCGGCUGGACGAGGCGCAGACACUCCUGAAGAAGAAGGAAAAGUAGGACUGAAGUUCAGCUCCGUCUGAUCAGGUUUUAGAGUCAGAGACAGGAGUCUGAUGUUGUCUUCUUCUCCGCAGGGAGUUCGAGGAGACGAUGGACGCCCUGCAGGCCGAUAUCGACCAGCUGGAGUCUGAGAAGGCGGAGCUGAAGCAGAGGAUCAACAGCUCCUCCAAGAUGACCAUGGACGGGCUGAGAGGACCGGGACAGUCAGGAAUCGCCUCCAUCGUGACGGGAAUGUCUGGAGGUGAGAAGAGGCAGAAAAACAUCAUCAGUUUAACUUUAUCUCUGAAGAAGCUGCAAAACUACAUCUAUCUGCUCUAUUUCUACACUCUUCAAUAACGUUUCUAUUUAAUCUUCCACUUCUGCAGAGGAACAAAAAGGUAUCUCUCUCUCUCUGUUUGUAUUGUUGAUCCUGCAUGUUCACUCUUUCUUUAGCCGAAACUAACCUAAAAAAAACCCUAAACUUUUUAAACAGAGCAUGAUUUCAUAAAAGUUUAACACCAUGAUGCAUGAUCUGCUGCCUGGGUUUGAAACUCAUGCUCCCUUAAACUUCCUCCUUCCUUUGCACGACCAUGUAGGGCUGGGCGAUAUUUCCUCAAAUCAAUAUCAUGAUAUAUUGAUCAGUUCACCUCGAUAAUGAUAAAUGGACGAUAACUACUCCACAAGCUGCUCACCCCCUCCCACAUUAACUUCAUCUACUUCAGCCACUACAACCUUUGAACCGUCCUCCUCGUCACGUCUCUGACGUAGGACAGCGUCUUAAAGGGACACGAGACCACAGCCUACCUACACACAUCCAAAAACAACUUUUAUUUGUUUAAUUUUUUGACACCAAAUAUACAGAUAUUGGCAAAAUGAUGUUGGUUAUUGUCAUAAAUUUCGGUAUAUGUAAAUUUUCGUCUUAUCGACCAGCCCUACAUCCUUGUUUGUUGAAGAGAAGUGCAAAAUAAUAUAUAAGAUUUAUUUAUUUUGGACAUGUCUUCUAUCCUACAUCUCCAAUAUUAUGAAACUGAGUAUGAGUUUUGAUUUAUUUGGCACAUCCUACAGAAACCUCAUCCUCAUCCUCAUGCACGGUCCAGUUUGGCAUGUAGCUGCAGUUUUAACGUUGACAUCUUACAAAUCAACAUUAGGUGUGAAAGUAUCAUGAAUGAAUGAAAUAAAUUUUGGUUAGACAUUACAUUAUCAUGACAAAGCAUUACAAUUUGUGUGAAUCUAAAACGACCAACGACCACGGUAACCCACUUUAUUUAUUAUUCUGCUCAUCUCCCCAAGUCUCUACACAGUUUGACAUAUAUUGUAUAAUAAGUCAACAGUGUAAUAUAUACAACAUAUAACAUUUCUUAUUUAACAUAUCUCUUGUUUUGUAAAGAAUAGCAAUAGAUUUUGAUAGUUUACGUUUGAUAUCUUCUAUAUGUGGCUUCCAACAGAGUUUAUGAUCUAUAAUGACUCAGAAUAAUUUUGUUUCAUACACUCUUUCAAUUUCUACUCCAUUUAAAAUCAGUUUUAUUUCUCAAUCUACCCAGACACCACCAUAAAGAACUGGACAUGAAUCUCAAUUCGAACUAGAACUAGGAAGAAAACCCAGAACCAGCCAUGUGUGUGUUUAACACGGUCUCUCAUUCUCACUUUCUCAGCCGCCAUGAUGUCCGGCGUCGGCCCAGGCUCGGGCGUCCAGGUGAUCGACUCUCCUCUGCUGACUCAGCAGAUCGAAGCUCAGAGACUCUGCAUCAAAAACCUGAAGAACGAGAACAACCGACUAAAGGUAGACAUGGGAAAAGACAAGAAAAAGAGUGAUUUCUUUGUUUAGUGAUCAAAGUGAUCAAUCAGUCGGUCAACGAAACGUCAAAACUACGAAAUAGCCCUUUAGAUUUCUUAGAUUUCUACCAGUCUGGUUUUUAUAUUCUUCUUGUGUCGUACACUGUUCUUUCCGGUUUAAGACUAAAAUCACGUUUUUCCUCCUUUCAGGCGGAAAAGAUGCGCGCUCAGCUCGCCGCUCUCCCUCCUCUCCACGUGACCAAACUCCCCUCCAAAGACGGCCGUCCUGAAGUGCUCUCCAGCGCCCUCUACCGCAAAACCGACCAGCUCCUGGAGACUCUGCUGCAGAUGAGCGCCAACGCCAAGGUGGUGGAUAUCUCGGGGAAAUCUCCAGGUGAGUGUGAGAGCAGGACGGAGUCAGUUCUACUUAUUUACGGUUCAAGUAAGAACACGGUUAACUUAAUUUUUAUUUUCUUAUUUAGUGUUCAAGUAAAUAAGUAAAUAAAAGUGAAGUUAACCGCGCCGUCUGAGUGUGAAAUGGCCCAGAAAGAGAGAGACUUACUUCCUGUUUGUCCUGCAGUGACCCCCGGCGCUCAGCUCCUGGAACAGACAGCCAGAUUACAGUCCCUCAGUGACACUCUGGGCAGAUUGAAGGUACACAAACAUCUUUGUUAAGAUUUGAUUUCGAGCCUAAAAGUGGUUCAAACUCCUUGGUGAAGGAUAGUUUAGUAAAAACUCGCCUUUCUCUUCCAUCUCUCUGUCAGGAUGAAGUAGCAGAACAUGUCGUCAACCACCAACCUGGAGCUCGAGUGUCGUCUGAUUUCGCAACAUUUCCAUCAGCCUCAUUCGUAAAGGUGAGAGCGUCUCUUCUUUGGAGGGAUUCUAGUAUGAGACUGUCGGCUGUUCAGAACACUUACAGUGUUCUUAGUGGUCUUUAAAUUGUGAUUAUGAAGUUUUUAGCCAUAAUCUCAUUACCUGUGUCAUUUUCAAGAACUUUUCUUCUGCAGAGCUCCAGUAGCUCAUUAGCAAUUCACCUCUGAGUCGUGGGCGGAGACAGUGCUGCUCUGCACACUCGUCUUUAGCUUACAGCCUAACCUUACAGUAGAAGAAGCAGGUAACAUAAGGAGAUAUUCAGCACUCGGAGACUAAAGUCUUCAAGGACAUGAUGAAAGUUAAUAUCAUGAUUAGCUUUCUUACGAGCAUUGCAGUCCGCUAACACACGCUUGUUCCAUGAUCAUCCUCUUUUACUUUUCUGAGUCUGGCUUGUAUAGCGGGGCCCCAGGGGCGGAGUUUGGAUUUGUGACAUAGGAAAUCUCACUGUGUUUGAAUCUGCUGUUUGGGUCUGCCAGAGAUUCACAGCCAUUUGAAUGAAGAAAAACUCUUUUCUUAUGAUUUGUCCUGUAGCAUCAGAGAAAUGAACAUAUAGACAACAAGAAAAACUUGAUUUUCAUUAGAGUGGGUCUUUAACUGCAUGUCCCAUGAGAAUUACUUUCAAACUGUUUUGUUUUUGUCUUUAGGCGAAGGAGGAGAAGCAGGGCGACAGCGUGCUGGUGGGCCGGGUGAUGGUGCCGUGUACCCGCGGUCAGGAGCAGGUCCACCGCCUCGUCCUGUCGCAGACUCAGCUGCAGAGAGUCCACAGUCUGCUGAGAACCUAAUGAACACCUGACCUCCUCCCUGCUGCACCACCUCCACCCUCCAUCAUCUUCAUCUUCAUCAUCAGUUUAGCAGUGAGGUUUCCACUUCAGGGCCAAACAUGACACACCUCGAGGUAUUUCAGUCUGAGGACAAGUCUGGCUUUUCUCAGCUGGUUACAGUCGCAGUUUGAACGAAAAUAAAGACCAGUAAAGUUGAUAUUAACUCCAUCCUCAGUCUCAGAAUUAAAGUAUAUAUCUGUCACAGCACUGCUGCAUGCUGCACAGACUCUUUAUAUUUCCUUUAAUCGCACAAAGUCUUUGUAAACGUGGUCUUUGGCUCUGGUGUGGAAUCUGCACAGCGUGGUUUAUACUCAGCCACAUCAUGGUGGGAUGUUUCUCUCUGUGUUUCUGUUUCACUGUUGGCUCUAAUGUUAACGCUGCACAGGUUCAUGACCGUGUUCAUCAGGUGUCACUGUGUGUGUCUGCUACAACUAAAACCGUCUUAAGGGAAAAAAUAAAAGCGUUAUCUGUACGGGGUUUUCUGUUCUUUUACUGUGGUUUGAUCAGAGAGGGGUUUUGGCAAAUUUUAGGUCCGGAGAGAGGUUAUUACUUUUGAGUGUUACUCCAUUUUUUAGAAAAUGAGAAUUGGAAGACUGUAGUUGGUGGAAACACAUCAAACAUGAAAAAAAAGAGCUCUUUAGUCUCGUUUAUUGAAAAGCAACAAAAGACGGUUUCGAUAUGAAGUUAUUUCCACUUCCUUUUUGUUUAAUACUCACUUUUACUUUUGCUUGGUAUAACUAACACACCCACAGGUUUAGUUUAGAAACUAACAAACAAACCCAGAGCGGAUUCGUUCGGCUGGUUUUCCGGUGUUUUUGUCCGAGCCUUAAACCUUCAGAGAGCCUUGAGGUAAAGAUCGAUCACCUGCCUUAUUUUGAUUUUAGACCAAACCUCCUUUAAAGCGAAAACCUCUUUGCCAAAGACUCUUUGUUUCUCUUUGCCAUGAGCUAAACUAAAAUAAAACACUCUCAGUUCAUUAUUAGGAUGGGUUUAUUAGACUGUUUUAUGUUUGCACACUUGUGUCCUAACUUGAAGUUUGAUUUGAAGGGUGAGUUAGUUAAUAAAUGGGUAUAAAGCUUCGACUUCUGUGUAGCUGAAUGCAGACAUUUCCUAUUUAUUCACCUGGUUUAUUAUUUAAGUGUUUCUGAACUGACUCUGCAGCUUAUCUAACUUUUGUCUUACCUUCGUUUUUGUGUGGCUUCCUGCUCUCGCACAAACGGUAAAUGAUCAAUAAAGACAUUUCAGCCAGUGUACUUUUGUCUGCCUUCACUGUGUCCAAUAAUAAAAUAUGAUACUUAGCGAAAAGAAGGUUAAAAAUCUGAUUUAUUUUGACAUUAAAAAAAACAACUAUGAAGCUGUUAAAACAUGACAAACGUCUGUGAGUAGAAAAGAACUGUUCAAACUUUUUAACAUUAUCAUGUAAAAUUUGAUUGCAAAUAAAUAAUACAAAGAUGAUUUGAAGUUCAGGUAGUUUUGUUCUAAAAGUUAUUAAAUUUAUAAAACUGU